GCAAAUACAGCUUCCCUCAUCUCAAGUCCCUCAACGGUUUCCAACUCUCACUUCAAGAUGCACUUCCAAACCAUCUUCGCCGCCGGCCUCCUGCAAGCCGCGGCUGUGUCGGCCGUCCACUACCUCACUCCUGACAACGCUGGCCGCAACCAGGGAGCCAACUAUUGUGGCCAAUACGCACCCAUGGACGACCAAUUUGGCCUCAAGUCAUGCUCCCAGGAAGACGUCCAGCUUCUCAUCAACUCUUUCUUGGCAACUCCAGACGCCUACAUCUCCAUCGGUACCAGCUGGGCGCGCGCCGGCACUGCGGGUGCUUGUGCCUUCAGCAUCGCUGUCAUUCCAGGUCAGCUAAAUGGCAACGGCGUCCUGGGAGGUUUCGCCGACUUCGCGGAUCUGUCGCAAAAUGCCUUGUGGGCUGCGCAAAACGCUGGCGCGGCCACGGGUGGUUGGCUGCACCCAAGAGUUGACUCGUCUGGUACCCUGCCAUGCGACCAGCCACCAGCAAACGGCGGCCACGACAACCAGGUUUACGUCCAGUUCAUCGUUGCCAGCUCGGAGUCCAACCCGCCUCAGCUGACGCUUCCUCCUCACAACUAAGCAGUGAGCAAUCGCUCACUGUUACGGAGGUCAUCUCGAUCGAUCCUUCGGCAGGUAUUGAAUUCUGGCGAUGGAAAUGGUGAUCACGUCUUGCAAGUGCUUUUGCGCAGACGUCAAUCAAUGUGGAGGACUGGUGUAUCGUAGGAGAUGAUGGACUUCAUUUGGCGAUGGAGAGCGGGCAAUUACAUCUGAAUGUAUCUAAACGCAUACGUCGGUCGGUCAAUCUGUCAUUCGAG